CACCAUGCAAAAGAAAAGCUAGUAUAUCUAUCUUGAAAUCUAUUAUUCCGGGGAUCUUGUCAGCAAUGCUUCUUGCGACCUCCAUAAUUUGGAUGUUGAUGUUACGCAGAAAAAAGAAUGCAACAGCUGCAGCACAUAUUAUCUUGAUGCCUCAAGUUUUAUCUAGAAGGGUUUCAUACCAAGAGCUCCUACGUGCGACAAAUGGAUUCAAUGAAAGCAACUUACUUGGUAUUGGGGGUUUUGGCUUAGUAUAUAAAGGAACAUUUCCAGAUGAGACAGAUGUUGCAAUAAAGGUUUUCAAUUUGGAUUUAGAAGGGGCAUUUGCAAGUUUUGAGGUUGAAUGUGAAAUGCUAAGUAAUGUUCGUCACCGAAAUCUUGUCAAAGUCAUCAGUUGUUGUAGUCAAAUUGAUUUCAAAGGUCUUGUAUUGAAUUACAUGCCUAAUGGGAGCCUUGAGAAGUGGUUGUAUUCUCAGAAUUCUUCUUUGGACUUAGUGCAGAGGUUGGAUAUAAUGAUAGAUGUUGCAUCGGCAUUGGAGUACCUUUACCAUGAUUAUGAAGUACCUAUUGUCCACUGCGAUUUGAAACCAAGCAACAUCUUACUAGAUGAUGAUAUGGUUGCACAUGUUGCUGAUUUUGGUAUUGCAAAACUCUUGGGUGGAAGAGAUUCUAUGACUCAAACCAUGACCCUGGCCACAAUUGGGUAUAUUGCUCCAGAGUAUGGAACGGAAGGAAUAGUGACCAGAAGAGGGGAUGUGUAUAGUUUCGGUAUUGUAGUGAUGGAAACAUUUACAAGGAAACCAACUCAUGAGAUCUUCAUUGGGGAAAUGAGAUUAAGUCAAUGGGUUGCAAAUCACCUAGUUCCAAAUGCGAUAGUUGAUGUCGUGGAUGCUACUUUACUUGGAACCGAGGAGGAUCAUGAGUUCGUGAGCAAGAGGGAGUGCUUAUCAUCUAUAAUGAGAUUAGCUGUUGCUUGUUCAGCAGAAUCUCCGGAAGAGAGGAUAAACAUGCAAGAGGCUGUAGCCAUGCUUAAAACAAUCAAGAUCAAGUUUUCAAAGCAAACUGCAGCAGGAGAAGACUGAUUGCAAAUCGAAUGGAGUCAUGUGUUCUAGAAAGCCUCACAUCUCAGAGAUGCUUGAUAAUCGGCUUUAGUGUGUGAAGAAGUAGUCUCAUUUAGUUGUCUGACACCUAUUGUCUCUUAAAAACCUGACACUGAUUCGUUGCUCUAAGCUCCAGUACUUGCCAGUGGCAAAACUUGUGAAUAUCCUUUGCUAGACCAAUGCCGGUGAAACCUUCAUAUUGCAAAUGGCUCUAAACAGCAGGCAUCAUCAACCUCAAUAUGCUAUCUG